GUAACCAAUUUACUGUGUCCAGCCAUAAUAAAUCCAGAGCAUGUGGGCAUAGUUAGUGACACACCCAUUAGUCAUAUUGCUCGGUUUAACCUCAUGCAAAUAGGACAAAUUAUUCAGGUGAGUGGUCUGUUGUUGCGAACAAAGUUACCCACAGAUUCUGAUGGUUCAGUAUUCGGCUGGGAGUUUGUUAUUGGAAUGAAACUAGAGAAUGAGCGUGAACAGCUGGUAAUGUUACUGCGCACACUACUUGCCGAAGCUGUGAACAAUAGGGAGCAAAGCCUUGUGGCACAUACCAGAGAAGUGAUGCGAUGUCUACAAAUUUUUGACAAUAAAGGGUUUGUUUUGUGGAGUUAUAUUUCUGUAAAUUGCCCCUCAAAUAUAGCAUCUAAAACGGAUUGUCUAUUACGGACGUUAACGGGUAUGUAUGCACGUCUACCCGUAUCAUCCAUGUGGCAGUCGGCUCCUGCUCAUCUGGUCGCCUAUGCUCGAAAAACUAUUGAACGAGUGUUUAUGGCUCAAAUUCAUGCUCUUGCAUUUUAUCCUAAUUUGGAUGCUGAUCGACAUCGUGACGAGUUAGUCUACCAUUCAUUAUUAUUAUUUAUUUAUUUUAUUGUACAUGUUCUUCAUGGUGAAGCGCCUUGGCCGUCAGCUCAAGCAGAAAUAAGCAUAAUUAACGCAUACAAAUCUGCGAGGGAUAAAUUAGCGUGCGUCGUUCGAUGUUGUGAAACAAUAAGCAACCUUAUUUCAAUGGCACCUGGUAUGGGAGCAGCGGCAGCGGAUGACGUCACUCCGGUACUGGUCUACGUCUUGAUACAGGCGAAUCCACCGUCGCUGCUUUCGAAUGUGCAGUACGUGCAGGGCUUUGGUGGAUCGUUACUGGAUGGAGCGGAAGGGUAUUGGUGGACGCAGUUCACUGCUGCCAUUGAAUUUGUUAAAACCCUUUUGUAA